AUGGAUAAAGCAUUCCGAACGGGUGCAGCCCUUGUAAAAAGGCUUCUACCGAGAAAACGGAAAGAAGGUCCUAGAUCAUCAAGUUACAAAACCACGACGCAGGAUGACCAGGACGGCAAUUACAACCGAACGUUUACCUACGUGUCCUUUGUUGGUAUAUUUAUGUCUCUACUGCUUUUGUUGACGGCGUUCUUGAUGAAGUAUGAAGGGGCCGAUUCUUCCCAAUGCACACCAGUUUGGAUGUACCCAUCGUACGCAAAGAUCGAGGGAUUUGAUACAAAGUAUACUCCACUAGCACAAAAAUACCACCUUUAUUUGUAUAGAGAACAGGAUUUGGAUAAAGUACCACUGGAAAGCAACGAAAUACAGCUGGAUGGGAUUCCUGUUCUUUUUAUUCCAGGAAAUGCUGGUAGCUUUAAACAAGGUAGAUCAAUUGCAUCCGAAGCUGCUAACAUUUAUUUCAAGUCUAAAGGCAUCUUGGAAAAUCAAGUUAAUACGAGAAACUUAGAUUUUUUUAUUGCCGACUUCAAUGAAGAUUUCACCGCAUUCCACGGGAAGACUUUGAUGGAUCAAGCUGAGUACCUGAACGAUGCUGUUCGCUACAUUUUAUCUCUGUACGAGGAAUCGUAUCACUAUGAGAUGGUUCUUCCUCAGUCGGUCAUAUUGCUAGGCCAUUCAAUGGGUGGAAUCGUGGCGCGAACCAUGUUGGCGUUAGAAAAUCAUCUCCCAGGUUCAGUCUAUUCCAUAUAUACCCUUUCUUCACCCCAUGCAGCCUCCCCUGUCACAUUUGAUGGCGAUAUCUUGAAAAUAUAUGGCGCAACUGAUAAAUAUUGGCGGGCACAGCUAGGAGAGGAAGAUUCGUUUUUUUCCAGAAACGUUUCUUUAGUGUCAAUCACGGGUGGUAUUAGCGAUGAGAUUCUACCCGCAGAUUAUGCUACUGUAGCAGACCUCAUCCCACCUGAAAAUGGGUUUUCCACAUUUACCACCACCAUUCCGUCAGUAUGGACGCCAAUCGACCACCUUGCAAUCGUCUGGUGCGAGCAGUUAAGACAUGUGAUUGCAAAACUACUUUUGGAGUCGGUUGAUUCAAACACUUCUUCAAAGGUGAAACCCUUAUCAGAAAGGAUAUCACUUGCUAAGAAACACUUACUCUCAGGCUUCGAAGACUACGCGACAGAAGAGGGCAAUGUGCGGCGUCCGGAAGAGUCUAGUCACAACACAGAUACUACAUACAGCAGCGGAGUCCAGUUUGUUGGUGAAAACGAAACACUGGUUAUUGAAUCAACAAACUACGACACAAUCCAAAGAUUCAUCCGGAUGGAUAUUUCAAAAGUGGAUAGAGACAACGACGCCUUGAAGUUCACUUUGCUGACUUCUGUGGAAAAGCCUGAGGUUUUAUUCUGUCAAAAUUUUGCGCGGCUUGGUUCCAGCGCAAACGUCAAAUGCGUCAAUGCCAAAAAUGAUAUCAACACUGUCCCCAGAUCCACCAAAGAUGAAUUCUAUCCUGCAGACUCGUCUUGGGGAAAGGACCAAACUCCAUUUAAAAUGCUUCAUUUCAGUGGCCAAGACUUGCGAGAUUACGAUUUUAUCAUCAUAAAGAAACCGAAAAGGAACAUUCUUGGUGACAAUGGUUGGCUGACCGCUACCGUAUCAUUCAAAAACCCAGACGAUGUUGUUUUGGACACACCUUUACUUCUAUCCCUGCGGUCCAGAAAGCUUGCCGUCCCCUCUCAAGAAAAUUUUGUUUCUCAGACCUGGAUAUUUCCAAAUUUGUGGAAUUCACUAGUCUCCUAUAGACUAACAAUUUUUGCAAAGGAUACGGACGGAUCUGAUAAUUUGUUCGAGCCGUUUAUCAGACAAGCAACUUUCGAGCCUUUUGAGACCAAGUGGCACAUCAACGUUGCACAGAAUAAAAAGGUUGACAUCAGUAUGCACAACGUUUCGCCGUACAUCCCAAUUGACGAGACACAGUCGCGGCAUCUGUCUUUGAAUAUAAUAGUUCCACCAAACAUGGAUAUAUCCCUGAAGUUGAAGGUAAACGUUUUUUUGACUUUGAAACUGUUGUUUAUCAGGUACAGACUAGCGAUUCCCGCUUUCUUGGCUGUCUUUGUUUCUUUAGUGUUGGGUUUCCAGUUUAACUACUAUAGGAAGUCUGCAAACUUUAUCAGCUUUCCAGAUGCAUUGGGGAAAAUACUGAAAAGUUACGGGGUUGUUAUGCUCAUUGUCUUGUUUUUGAUGAGUCCCAUUACGAACAACAAGUUGGUUCAAAAGAUUUUUUCACUGAUAGAUCCAGUGGGCUUGAAUAAACCAUUUCUAUUAGAGGAGUAUCACAUUUACAACAAUUAUUACUAUUUGGGAAUCAGAGAUAUUUUCACAUCAUGGAUUGGUCCACUCUUCGGGGUAAUGACAGUUGGAGCGUUGUUCACCCUCUGUAAACUGAUUGAUUUUGUCGCUUAUCUAAUUGGACAGCUAUCCGAGUAUAUCUACAAAGACACAAAUGAGAAAGAAACCUUACCGACUUGGUCUGGGCGUGAUAUUAACGUUCAAGUGUUUGACAAAAAACGAAUUCUAACUUGUAUCAUGCUACUGGUAGCUGUGGUUUUCUAUGUGCCUUACCAGCUCAUAUUUAUGAUAACUGUUUUGAUCCAGCUUGGAACGUGCGUAAGAAUUGCGUAUUUGGAAAAACACUCGGUUUCAACUGGUAAUGAAACUAUAAGGAAAAGACAGAGCAACUUGAUAAACUAUAACAUAUCCAUAUUGUUGCUGCUGACAGUUGUAGCCAUAAUCGAUACUCCUAUUGUUGUUGUAUUUUUACAUGACCUGGCAAUCAGAUGGGAGUCCACCUUCAAUUCUCACCACAACAUAUUUGCAGUAUUGCCCAUUCUACUAUUAGUUACCGCCAACUCGAAGUUUAAAAUCCCCACUUUUUCUGGUUUUGUCGACUCGUACAUCAUUACAGGGUUGUUCUUCUACUUGUCAUUUUUCUCUACAAUUUAUGGUGUCCGGAACCUAUUUUGGAUUCAUCACUUAGUCAACAUAAUAUGUGGCUGGCUGUUCUAUGGUGUCUUUACAAACCAGUGA